CAACAUCAUGACAACAGAGAAGAGUUUAGUGGCCGAGGCUGAAAAUUCACAACACCAACAACAGAAGGAAGAGGGCGAGGGAGCUACCAACUCAGGCCAGCGAGAGACUCAGCGGGAAGAGGCUUCCCAAGCAGCAGCCGAGGGAGAUCAUCAGUGUGAGCAGAAGCUGAAGACAUCUAAUGGAGACACUCCCACACGUGAAGACUUGACCAAGAACAAGGAGCGGACCUCGGAGAACAGGGGCCUGUCACGGCUCUUCUCCUCAUUUCUCAAGAGGCCUAAAUCUCAGGUCUCGGAGGAAGAAGGCAAAGAAGUAGAGUCAGCUAAAGAGAAAGGUGAAGGAGGUCAGAAAGAAACAGAAUUUGCCACCAGUCUUGACGAAGAGAUCAUUUUAAAGGCCCCCAUUGCAGCCCCCGAACCUGAACUCAAAACAGACCCAUCCUUGGACCUUCACUCAUUAAGCAGUGCGGAAACACAGCCUGCUCAGGAAGAACAGAGAGAAGAUCCAGAUUUUGAACCUAAGGAAGAAGGAGGAGUGGAAGAGUGCUCUAAAACAGAAGUGAAAGAAGAAAGUCCUGAAUCAAAAGCAGAAAGAGAAAUAAAAGCUUCCCAUAAGUCGAUCAGAAGACACAGAAACAUGCAUUGCAAAAUUUCUUUGUUGGAUGACACAGUUUACGAAUGUGUUGUGGAAAAACAUGCAAAAGGACAAGAUUUGCUUAAGCGAGUGUGUGAGCACCUCAAUCUGUUGGAAGAAGACUACUUUGGUCUAGCCAUUUGGGAUAAUGAAACCUCCAAGACAUGGCUGGACUCUGCCAAAGAAAUAAAAAAGCAGGUUCGUGGUAUCCCUUGGAAUUUCACAUUUAAUGUAAAGUUUUAUCCACCCGACCCAGCACAGUUAACUGAAGAUAUAACAAGAUAUUAUUUAUGUCUUCAACUUCGGCAGGACAUAGUUGCAGGACGUCUGCCUUGUUCCUUUGCAACCUUAGCAUUACUAGGUUCUUACACCAUCCAGUCUGAGCUGGGCGACUAUGACCCAGAACUCCACGGUGCGGAUUAUGUUAGUGAUUUCAAACUGGCCCCAAAUCAGACCAAGGAACUUGAAGAGAAGGUCAUGGAGCUGCAUAAAUCAUACAGGUCCAUGACUCCAGCUCAAGCUGACCUGGAAUUUCUUGAGAAUGCCAAAAAGUUGUCCAUGUAUGGUGUUGACCUCCACAAAGCAAAGGACUUGGAGGGAGUGGAUAUCAUCCUGGGUGUCUGCUCUAGCGGCCUUCUGGUUUACAAAGAUAAGCUGAGAAUUAACCGCUUUCCUUGGCCCAAAGUGCUGAAGAUUUCUUAUAAACGUAGCAGCUUUUUCAUCAAGAUUCGGCCUGGAGAGCAAGAACAGUAUGAAAGUACCAUUGGAUUCAAACUCCCCAGCUACCGAGCAGCUAAGAAAUUAUGGAAAGUCUGUGUAGAGCAUCACACAUUUUUCAGGUUGACGUCUACAGACACCAUUCCUAAGAGCAAAUUUCUUGCCCUGGGAUCCAAAUUUCGAUACAGCGGUCGAACUCAGGCUCAGACCAGGCAAGCCAGCGCUCUGAUCGACAGGCCCGCCCCUCACUUCGAGCGUACAGCAAGCAAACGCGCGUCCCGGAGCCUUGAUGGAGCGGCCGUGGAUGCAACGGACCGCAGCGCUCGGCCCACCUCUGCCCCAGCCAUCGCGCAGCGGCAGGACGCGGAAGGCAGUGUGCCCGGUGCCCCCGCCAAGAAAACAGGGGCUUCUCAAGAGCAGGAGGAAACCGUGGAGGCUGAAGUGGAAAAGGAAGAAGUGCCUCCUGAGCCAGCCGAGUCGGCGGCCACGGAGAUAUGGCAGAAAAAGAGAGAGAGACUAGAUGGUGAAAACAUUUAUAUCAGACAUAGCAAUUUAAUGUUGGAGGAUUUAGAAAAAAGUCAAGAAGAGAUCAAAAAACAUCACGCCAGCAUCAGUGAGCUGAAGAAGAACUUUAUGGAGUCUGUACCAGAACCACGGCCUAGUGAAUGGGAUAAACGCUUAUCCACUCACUCGCCGUUCCGAUCACUUAACAUCAAUGGCCAAAUCCCCACAGGAGAAGGAGUGAAGAAAACCUCUAUCCUUCCCUCGGAAAGAAAGGUUGGUGGGCCAGAGCCUCCCCUGGUGAAGACCCAGACCGUCACCCUCUCGGAUACUGCCGACGCCGUGAAGAGCGAGAUCCCCACCAAAGACGUCCCCAUUGUCCACACCGAGACCAAGACCAUCACCUAUGAGGCUGCUCAGACUGAGGACAGCAAUGGGGACUUGGACCCCGGAGUCUUGCUGACAGCUCAGACCAUCACAUCGGAGACCACCAGCAGCACCACCACAACUCAGAUUACCAAGACUGUAAAAGGUGGGAUAUCAGAGACCCGGAUCGAAAAGAGAAUUGUGAUCACAGGAGAUGCUGAUAUUGACCACGAUCAGGUCCUUGUGCAGGCCAUCAAGGAGGCAAAGGAGCAGCACCCAGACAUGUCAGUGACCAAGGUGGUCGUCCAUCAGGAGACUGAAAUCUCUGAGGAAUGAGCUCAGGAAUCGUUUACCCCCAACUCCCUGCCCGUCUCCCAUCCACGAGAAAUGAUCAAGAAGCUAAACUACAAUAGUCAGACUUCAGACUUGCAAGAUUAUUAUAAACCACCAGAAAACUAAUUUCACUUUCUAUUUGGAGUUUAUACCAACAGAGUCUUCUAGACAUCACCGAUCCCUUUGAAUACCUUUUUCUAUAUUGUGAUACCAGAGAUUGUUCAACUUUUCACUGUCCGGACUGUUUUUAAAGAGCUUUUGGGGUUUUUAUGGGGUGGUUUAUAAUCCCUUCAUUCAGUCUAGCCUCUCCCCCUGUAUUUCCAACCCAGCUACUGACAGGGUCCGCAGAAUUCUUCUGGAAAUCCUCCAAAGCCUCUGUCAGCUGUGUUGGGGGCCAAAGCCAGCUUAAUGGGGCUGCCCUGCUCCUCUCCCAGUUUUAUGCCCUUCGGAUGACAGCAGAGACUUCCAAAACCAGCCCUUUCUCGGAGCCAGUGAUGUGACGUUCCCAGAAUGUCAGGCAGGGUGCCGCCCUGAUCCACAGGCCCCAGGAAGAGUGCCCCUGUCCCUCUGUGGAGGUGGUUUUGGUGAGGCAGAGCCCUCUGCUGAGAAUGUAGUAUUGCUUUUCCUCCCUCCUGUUCUUUCUCUUCGGAGCUUCUUUAGAUCAAAGACCUAAGAAGCCGCUCAGCUGCAUCUGAUACUGUGAAUGUUCGAACAGACCCGUGGCCUUCACCGUCCUGCCCCCCCCCCACCCUUGACCUCGUCAGAAGCGGCAGUGGCGGCUCUGCUGCGUGCUCCCCCACCUCCCGUCUCAGGAGACCCAGACUCACGGGAAACUGCGCACUUGUGGCCCAGAGCACUAGAGGCACAUUUUCUGUGGUGGUUAGGGCAAAGAGAGCGAAUGAGGCUUUUGAAAGGUUUUCUGGCUCUGGGGCUGCGCACCCCACACAGGGAUGGCGGGCUGUCCCUUGGGCGGAGCCUGCUAAGCAGCAUGUCCAGGUGCCGCCCCCCCCAGCCUCUUCCCUGAUCCUGGGGUGAUCAGGAAUGUGAUGCAGGGAGGAGGCUGUCAUCCUUGACCUGUCUUCUUACCACCAGCACCUGCCUGCAGGCACCCUUGUGGAGCAGGGCAGUUGGCUUCUAGGGGCCAUUCUGCCCACAAGACCCCACGUGCCAAGGGGGACGAGCACCAGCUUUGCCCACUCUCACUCCCCCGCAAGGGCUGCCAGGGUUUGUGGGCUUGAUUUGUAUGGUGGACUUGGGUUUCAUUCUUUUGUUGUGGUUUGGUUUUGAAAAUGAGGGCUGAUGUCUCAGUUCCACUGUUCCAGGCACAGACUUGGGGGCACUUUUAUUCAGUGGGACUUCUCUGAUCUUCCAGCUUGCUCCCACAAACAGAUCUGCCUGGAAGUCCUUAGGAUCCUCACUCUGGGGCAGGUGUGGAUUCAUGAGGCAGACGGGGGGGUCAGAGGCCGCAGUCCCGGGGGCGGGGGGGCUGCGGCUUGUGUCCAAAGCCUCUGCUGGCCGGGUUCUGCUCAGGCAGGCGCAGCUGGUUUGAACGUACUUCAGGUGUGUGCGUUUUUCUCUUAAUAGUGGUGUGAGAUUGCGAUUAAGCAACAGGCAGCUCUCUCUGGAGGGGGGUGUUCAGGAGGACCUCAGGUGGGACGUGUGGCCGGCUUGGGGAGGUUGUCCUGACUCAGGAACAGACUUACAGCCUGCGGGCAUAGGUGUCGCUAUGGAUGGGGCUUUCUGGUUGGUGCCCAAGCCUGGGUGGUCCAGCUCACACCAAACAAGCCUAUGGGAGCUCACUUCCCAGUGGCCGGCAGUCCUGCCGAAAGCCCCCCGUGGCUCCCAGAGCUGGGACCUGCAGAGCGAAGAGGAUGGGGGACAGGAAGAGGGCACAGCCGGCGCACUGGGAAUCUAGCAGACUGCAUGUUCUGUGCUGUCCAGACCAGUGUGGCGGCUCUCAGAGCAGGGGCCACACGCCUGGGGGCCUCACCUUUCCCUCAGCUCUGCCACCAACUCGCCACCCUUCUCGCUGCUUCCUUUUCUGUGAACUGGACCGGAAGGUCUCCAACACCCUUCCGGCGCUGAGAGGUUUUGACCUGGACAAGCUAGUAAGGGGCGGGGGUCCUUCCAAGCCUCUUCCCCUCUCCUCCUCCUCCUCUGGUAACAGACCUCGGGGUUUGGCAAUAGUUUGGACUUUUUUCCUCCUGCGGGUGUGUGUGUGUGUGUGUGUGCGCGUGAAGAAACACAGGCUCUGUCUGGGUGGGAGAACAGAGGGGAGGGGCUCGGCGGCGGUUUUCCUAAAGUGACUCAGACGUAUCACGGUGACAACUUUCGCUGCAACUUUAUUUUUAUUUCACUUGAGAAAUAAAGACUUCCUCCGAGCCACAUGAGGUUCUGCCGCCCACCCACGCGCCCAGCUGGCCCUGCAUGUGUGAGCUGAGGGCCCACGAAGCCCGGCCGCAGGGACCUGUCGGGCACCUGUGCCACCUCCCCGGGCCCUCCGCCGUGAGGUCUGCGGGGCAGCUGCGGGCGAGCGGGCAGCCGCCGCCCGGGGAGACAGAGCCGGAGCUCCGGCCGGACCAACCCCAGGGGACGAUGAUCCCAGGAAAUACCUGCCCAGGACCCCGGCCCCAGGCCGGUGGUCCUACCUGUCUCUCUCAAACGUAUUAUUUUGGUGACAAAAAUGAAGGAGCUUUGUAAAAUUUUUAAAAAUUAUGAAUCAUAUCAAGUAGUUGUUUACAUUUCUCGACAAAAUCGGAACUGUGGCAGCAGAAUCAAAUUGGCAAAAUCCUUAGGUUACAUAGGCAAUAAUGAGGUCUGCUGUUUUGGCCUUUCGUAGUAAGAGAACUGUAGUGUUUAGAUAUGUGUUUGGUCUUGCUUCUUGUACUGCAUUUUUCAAUAAACUUUAAAAAAAAAAAGGACUGAGUCUGUGAGGACUGAUCAACUUUUAAAGUUCUCUUCCCCUUUUGCUAAAGUAAACUACCAACAUUAGCCAAAAUGCAGCUUCAACACUGUAUAAAAAGAUUUCUGAGGACUGGCAAAUACUUUUUGCCACCUGGAGGGAGAUUCUGCAGCAUAGACCAGGACGAAAGGGAGAAGGGGGCUUCUCAGACCUGCCGGGGGGCGGAGCCCCCGCAGGAAGGCGUUGGCAGUAGUGGAGCCCUAUCAGGGCCGACCCCUACCAAUCAGGGCGGACCCCGCGUGGCUGAGGGAGGACAGGGACUGAGGUGGUGGGAGGUGAAGGCUCAGUCCCCACCCCAGAUGGCAGUGAAAGGUCUCAGCUGUACCCCAUCGCCCACCUUCCUGGAGGCCCAAACCCAGUCACCACUGCCACCUCGGAGGAAGCUGUAACAUCCCAAUCUACCUUCCAAGUCUUCAGGGUCCUUUCCCACCGCUUCAGGUUUGCCCAGACACCAGGUGCAUCUCCCAAGUACCCUGGCCUGGACCGCAAGCCCCUCAGGUACCUGCUCAGGGCUAAGGCCACUUUGGAGGCUGAAGGACUUCCUGAGGCCGAGCCAUGCUGGUCUCCAGAAUCCACACUGAAACACAUGCCAGCGCGUGGAACCCUGGUGCAGCUGGCACUUGUCCGCCGACAUGCAGUCAGGACGCCUCAGCGGCGUCUGCGGCCGGAGCAUCCACCCCCCAGUCUGGGGUGUGACCGCAGCGCCCGUCCU